GGGGGGGCACUCCCGGGGGCGGCGGUUGCCCGGAUGGGCCGUUAGUCGGAGCCGAGCCGCGGAGUGAGCGAGGGAGACGGGAGGAGCCGAACCCGGCGCCAUCCGCCGCCAUCCGCCCCCGCCCCACCGCCAUCCCGCCCCAGGGAGCCACUAAGUCCCGGUCCCGGACCCCCGCGCACCCGGCCAGGCUCCGGCUCGUUUCGGGGGAGGUGCCUGCAGGACCCAACUUACUCAAUGAGCUUCCAGCGCAAUGUCCGAUCGCUCGGGGCCGACUGCCAAGGGGAAGGAUGGAAAGAAGUAUUCCUCGCUCAACCUGUUUGAUACGUAUAAGGGCAAGUCCUUAGAGAUCCAGAAACCCGCUGUUGCCCCUCGCCAUGGCCUGCAGAGUCUCGGGAAAGUUGCCAUUGCCCGGCGUAUGCCACCCCCAGCCAACCUUCCAAGCCUGAAAGCCGAGAACAAAGGCAAUGACCCCAAUGUCUCACUAGUCCCGAAAGACGGAACAGGAUGGGCAAGCAAACAGGAGCAGUCCGACCCCAAGAGUUCCGAUGUCUCAACCGCUCAGCCGCCGGAGUCGCAGCCACUGCCGGCUUCACAGACGCCUGCCUCCAACCAACUGAAACGACCCCCAGCAGCCCCCGAGAACACUCCUUCGGUUCCAAGCGGGGUAAAGUCCUGGGCGCAGGCCAGCGUCACCCAUGGAGCACACGGAGAUGGUGGAAGGGCAUCAAACCUACUGUCGCGAUUCUCUCGAGAGGAAUUUCCGACCCUGCAGGCGGCUGGCGACCAGGACAAGGCUGCCAAGGAAAAGGAGUCUGCCGAGCAGUCGUCUGGGCCCGGACCAAGCCUCCGCCCCCAAAGUGCAGAUUCUGCCACUUGGAGGGACGGAGGGGGCCGUGGCCCUGAUGAGCUGGAGGGCCCAGACUCCAAACUUCAUCACGGUCAUGAUCCCCGGGGGGCGCUGCAGCCUUCGGGCCCACCCCAGCUCCCUCCCUACCGCGGGAUGAUGCCGCCCUUCAUGUAUCCCCCAUACCUCCCGUUCCCUCCGCCCUAUGGACCCCAGGGGCCUUACAGAUACCCCACUCCUGAUGGGCCCAGCCGUUUCCCCCGUGUGGCAGGUCCUCGGGGCUCAGGGCCACCAAUCCGACUUGUAGAGCCUGUGGGUCGGCCUUCUAUUCUAAAAGAGGAUAACCUCAAAGAGUUUGACCAGUUGGACCAGGAGAAUGAUGAUGGCUGGGCAGGGGCCCACGAGGAGGUUGACUACACCGAGAAGCUCAAGUUCAGCGAUGAGGAAGAUGGGCGAGACUCUGAUGAGGAGGGAGCUGAGGGCCGCAAGGAGUCCCAACCAGCUGCUGGUGAGGAACGGCCCCCUGAAGCAGAUGGCAAAAAGGGCACCUCCCCUGCCAGCGAACCGGCCCCUCCCAAGACAGCCUGGGCAGAGACCUCUCGGCCUCCAGAAACAGAGCCGGGGCCUCCUGCUCCAAAGCCUCCCCCACCCCCACCUCACCGGGGCCCCGCCGCUGGGAACUGGGGCCCCCCUGGGGACUACCCAGAUCGCGCGGGGCCGCCUUCCAAGCCCCCUGCCCCCGAGGAUGAGGAUGAGGCCUGGCGGCAGCGGCGAAAACAAUCUUCUUCUGAGAUCUCCCUGGCGGUGGAGCGGGCCCGGAGACGGCGCGAGGAGGAGGAGCGUCGCAUGCAGGAGGAGCGCCGGGCGGCUUGUGCUGAGAAGCUCAAGCGUCUCGAUGAAAAGUUUGGGGCACCUGACAAGCGGCUCAAAGCAGAACCUGCUGCCCCGCCUGCUGCUGCUGCUGCUGCUGCUGUCCCCAGCUCCACUCCACCUCCUGCACCCCCCAAGGAGCUCCCCACACUGCCGGCACCUGCCUUGGCACCAGAGAAAGAGCCUGAAGAGCCAGCGCAGCCCCCUCCUGCCCAGGCCACCCCCAGUCCAGGUGUGGCUCCAGCUCCCACUCCGGUGAGCAGUGGUGGCACUACCAGUAACACCAGCAGUGGUGGCGUGGAGGCCAGCCCAGUGGAACCCCAGCUGCCUUCAAAAGGUCCUGAACCACCAGAAGAGGUUCCUCCACCUACCACACCCCCAGCCCCAAAAGUGGAACCCAAGAGUGAUGGGAUUGGCCCUGCCCGGCAGCCCCCCAGUCAGGGGUUAGGCUACCCCAAAUAUCAGAAGUCAUUGCCUCCUCGUUUCCAGCGGCAGCAGCAGGAACAGCUCCUGAAGCAGCAGCAGCAGCAGCAGUGGCAGCAGCACCAACAGGGCUCUGCCCCUCCUGCCCCACUGCCUCCGUCACCGCCGCAGCCCGUGACCCUGGGGCCUCCGCCGCCGCCACCGCCCAAGGCCCUGUACCCCGGUGCUCUGGGCCGGCCCCCACCCAUGGCUCCAAUGAACUUCGAUCCCCGCUGGAUGAUGAUCCCACCUUAUGUGGACCCCCGGCUGCUCCAGGGCCGGCCGCCUCUGGACUUCUACCCUCCUGGCGUGCAUACUUCUGGCCUUGUUCCCCGGGAGCGCUCAGACAGUGGGGGCUCCAGCUCAGAGCCGUUUGAGCGCCACGCACCCCCUCUCUUACGGGAAAGGGGAACCCCACCAGUGGAUCCAAAGUUGGCCUGGGUAGGGGACGUGUUCACCACCCCACCCACAGACCCGCGCCCACUUACCUCACCGCUGCGCCAGGCUGCUGACGAAGAAGAUAAGGGCUUACGGAGCGAGACCCCUCCAGGGCCUGCCCCCCCCCCCUAUCUGGCCAGUUACCCUGGCUUUCCAGAGAACGGAACCCCUGGGCCUCCCAUCUCUCGAUUCCCUCUGGAGGAGCCCGCUCCCUCGGGGCCCCGUCCACUCCCCUGGCCCCCAGGCAAUGAAGACGCUGCCAAAAUACAAGCUCCCCCGCCUAAGAAGGAGCCCCUCAAGGAGGAGACUGCGCAGCUGGCAGUGCCGGAAGCAGGCCGCAAGCCCACCCGGGGCCUUGGAGGCCAGGGCCCCGCCCCGCCGCGCAGAGAGAGCCGCACGGAGACGCGUUGGGGCCCUCGCCCGGGGGGCAGCCGCCGUGGGGUCCCUCCCGAGGAGCCGGGGGCCCCUCCCCGCCGGGCCGGGCCUAUCAAGAAACCAACGCCACCUGCAAAAGCUGAAGAGCUGCCUCCUCCACCCCUGGAGCAGGGGGACGAGACCCCAAAGGCUCCAAAGCCAGAUCCACUCAAGACGGCCAAGGGGAAGCUGGGGCCCAAGGAGACCCCACCCAGUGGGAACCUGUCCCCGGCACCGCGGCUUCGGAGGGACUAUUCUUACGAGAGAGUGGGCCCUGCCUCUUGCCGGGGUCGGGGCCGAGGAGAGUAUUUUGCCAGAGGGAGGGGAUUUCGGGGGACCUAUGGGGGGCGGGGCCGGGGAGCCCGAAGCCGAGAGUUCCGCAGUUACCGGGAGUUCCGUGGGGACGAUGGGCGUGCAGGGGCGACAGGGCCACCGGGCCACCCCUCUGCUCCCCGAGGCCGCACUGCCAGUGAGACCCGGAGCGAGGGCUCAGAGUACGAGGAAAUCCCCAAGCGGCGCCGGCAGCGAGGCUCAGAGACAGGCAGCGAGACGCACGAGAGCGACCUGGCCCCUUCAGACAAGGAGGCGCCCCCGCCCAAGGAGGCUGCGCUCAUCCCGGCCCCUCUCGGGGCCCUGCCAGGCGCGCCCCCCUCGCCGGCCCCAGCCCGCUUUCCCGCUGCCCGCGGCGGGCGCGUCUUCACUCCGAGAGGGGUGCCAUCGCGCCGGGGCAGGGGUGGCGGGCGGCCCCCUCCCGUCUGCCCGGGCUGGAGUCCUCCGGGCAAGUCCCUGGUUCCAAGGAAGCCUCCUGCGGGCCCUCUGCCCCUGAGUAAGGAGCCCGCGAAGGAGAGGCUGGUCCCAGGGCCUCUGUCUCCCCUGGCCCGUGGAGGGGCCAGCAUGGGUGUAGUAGAAGACGGGGAGCGGCCCCGCCGCAGGCGGCACGGUCGGGCCCAGCAGCAGGACAAGCCACCAAGGUUCCGCAGGCUGAAGCAGGAGCGGGAGAACGCUGCCCGGGGGACAGAGGGCAAGCCCUGUCCCCUGGCCCUGCUGGCCUCCCCGCCUGGAGCCGAGGAGCCUUUGGCCACAGUCACUGCACCACCCCCGCCUCGAAGGGCAGCUGCAAAGUCUCCUGAUCUGUCGAACCAGAACUCGGAUCAAGCAAACGAGGAGUGGGAGACUGCGUCGGAGAGCAGCGACUUUGCCAGUGAGCGCCGGGGUGACAAGGAGACUCCCUCGCCAGCACUUCUGACCCCAAAGGCUGUGGGGGCCCCUGGGGGCAGUGCAGGUGCUGCCGGAUCCACCCUUCCUACCGUGUCCCUUGGAGACCUGAGCCAGAGGGCCAAGGAUCUGAGCAAGCGGAGCUUCUCUAGCCAGAGGCCCAGCAUGGAUCGGCAGAACCGGCGUCCAGGCACGGGGGGCAAGGCCGGCAGCAGUGGAGGAGGUCCUGGGGGCAGGACCGGGCCCGGAAGAGACAAGAGGAGCUGGCCCUCACCCAAGAACCGAAGCCGUCCUCCAGAGGAGCGUCCGCCAGGCCUUCCCUUGCCUCCCCCACCACCCAGCAGUUCUGCCGUCUUCCGCCUGGACCAAGUUAUCCACAGCAACCCUGCGGGCAUCCAACAGGCCCUGGCCCAGCUGAGCAGCCGCCAGGGGAGCAUAGCAGCACCGGGGGGUCACUCAAGGCCUAAGCCUGGGCCGUCUCAGGCCCCUCAGGGCUCAGCCCCUCGGCCCCCAACCAGAUUCGACCCCCAGAGGGCUACUGGUGGCGGCAGUUCCGAGCCUCACUUGGAGGAGCCAGGGCCAGUGGUGAGGGAGGCAGGCGGGGCUCCCCAGGACUCUACUGGGGUUGCUGAGCCCUUCCCCCACAAACGGCGGGAACGGGAGCGGGAGCGACCUCGGAAACCAGAGCUGCCGCAGGAGGAGCCCCUGCCUGCUCCUCACGGCUCUGGCUUCUUGGGCUCAAAGCCCGAGGCCCUGGGCCCUCGGGCAGACUCCAGAGAGGCCGACGCUGAGGCCCUGACGCCUCGCCUCUGGGACCGGCUGCACACUGCCACCAGCCGGAAGAGUUACCGGCCCGGCUCCGUGGAGCCUUGGAUGGAGCCUCUGAGUCCGUUUGAGGAUGUGGCUGGCGCGGAGAUGAGUCAGUCUGACAGCGGGGUGGACCUGAGUGGGGACUCACAGGUGUCAUCAGGGCCCUGCAGCCAGCGAAGUUCCCCUGACGGAGGACUCAAGGGGCCAGCAGAGGGACCCCCCACACAGCCCGGAGGCCCCUCGCCCCUGAGUGCGGUCCCUGAAACCUCGGAUCCUCCCAGGAGACGGGUGCCCACGCCCCACGAUGGGGAAAGCAAGGAGCUGCCCAGGGAGCAGCCUCUGCCCCCCGGCCCCAUAGGCACAGAACGACCCCAGCAUGUGGACAGAGGACCAGAGCCAGGCCCCCUCCGGCCGUCCCAUCGACCUGGUCCUCCAGUCCAGUUCGGCACGAGCGACAAGGACUCGGACCUGCGCCUGGGGGUGGGAGACGACCUGAAAGCAGAGAAGGGGCUCACGGCGGCGUCAGUUCCCGAGGCCACCCUGCUGUCCCGAGAGUGGGAGCUGCCGCCCAGCGUGUCUGGCCCGGCUGAGCCACAGCCCAAGAACUUGGCUUCCGGGCACUGUGGCCCAGAGCCCAGCUCCUCAGGCCAGCGCCUGUACCCGGAGGUCCUCUACGGCAGCCCUGGGCCGCCCGGUUCUCAGGUCUCUGGGGGAGCCCUGGACUCCCAGUUACACCCCAACAAUGGAAGCUUCCGCCCUGGCACACCCUCGCUGCACCCUUACAGGUCCCAGCCCCUGUACCUCCCCCCCGGCCCAGCCCCUCCCUCAGCACUGCUCUCUGGGGUAGCUCUCAAGGGUCAGUUUCUGGACUUCUCAGUGCUGCAAGCGGCAGAGCUGGGGAAGUUGCCAGCUGGAGUUCUCUGCCCUCCGCCUUCCUUCCUCUACUCUCCUGCUUUCUGCCCUAGCCCUUUGCCGGACCCGCCCUUGCUUCAGGUACGCCAAGAUCUGCCAUCCCCUUCGGAUUUUUACUCUGCUCCUUUGCAGCCUGGUGGACAGAGCGGCUUCCUUUCUUCAGGGGCCCCGGCCCAGCAGAUGCUGCUGCCUGUGGUGGACUCACAGCUGCCUGUGGUGAACUUUGGCUCGCUGCCUCCUGCGCCGCCCCCUGCGCCGCCUCCCCUUUCCCUGCUACCCAUGGGGCCUGCUCUGCAGCCUCCCAGCCUGGCUGUGCGGCCCCCACCUGCUCCUGCCGCUCGGGUGCUGCCUUCACCUGCCAGGCCCUUCCCCCCAAGCUUGGGGCGAGCGGAGGAAUUCUUUCCUUUAGCUGCACCCAGUAGAACUAAAGCCGUUCCAGGAUUACAGAAAGCUGAGCAGCAGCCUUGGGGGAUCUGGGUCAUCGCGUGCUCCCCCGGCUGGAAGGUCCUUCCCUGCUCUCAGUUCCCGUCUCAAGGCCCCGCCUGCCACCUACAGCGGGGUAUUCCGUGCUCAGCGCAUCGAGCUCUACCAGCAGGCCUCCCCUCCGGACGCCCUGCGCUGGAUGCCGAAGCCUUGGGAGCGCACAGGCCCACCCUGUCGAGAGGGGCCUCCCCGGAGGGCAGAGGAGCCUGGGCCCCGAGGGGACAAGGAGCCUGGAUUGCCCCCGCCCCGCUGAGGGAGGCCCCGGCCCCGCCCCACCCCGGGCUUGUAUAUAGAUUAUAAAUAUAUAAGGGGAAAAGGGCGGGCGGGGAGGGGCAGUGGGGCUGGAGCCUCAUUUUCCCUCCUUCCCCCUCUCCGUCUCCUAUCCCUGGGGCCGUUUGUUAAAAAAGAGUAAUAAAAUAAUUUAAAAAAAUA